GAAGAUGGCGGCGGGCGAGGCGAAGUCGGUGCUGUUCGUGUGCCUGGGAAACAUUUGUCGCUCUCCAAUAGCUGAAGCUGUUUUUAGAAAACUUGUAACUGAUGAAAAAGUGGAAAAUAAGUGGAGGAUAGACAGUGCAGCAACAUCUACCUAUGAAAUAGGAAACCCUCCUGACUAUCGAGGACAGACUUGCAUGAAGAAGCAUGGCAUUACCAUGAAUCAUAUUGCCAGGCAGAUUACUAAAGAAGAUUUCCAGACCUUUGAUUAUAUACUUUGUAUGGAUGAAAGCAAUCUAAGAGAUCUGAAAAGGAAAAGCAACCAAGUUAAAGACUGCAAGGCUACAAUUGAGCUUCUUGGCAGUUAYGAUCCACAGAAACAGCUUAUUAUUGAAGAUCCAUAUUAUGGGUGUGAGAAGGACUUUGAAACUGUUUACGAGCAGUGUGUUAGAUGCUGUAAAGCGUUCUUGGAGAAGCCUCAUUAACGCAACAUUUUAUUUCUGAAAGAAAAUAAUUAGCUCCUCCUGGAAUAUGUAAGCUUUACUUGAUUGGUGUAUUUGAAAUGUAAUAUUAUGCCUCCGCAGUAGGGUCAAAUUGGUACUUUUUCAGUUUAACUUUGUAUUGUAGUUCUUCUGUCAUCUAAGUAGAAAAACAUAGAAAAGUUUUAAACUUGAAUUAGAUGGUCAACCAUUUUCUCAUGCAUCCAUGUAAUAAUAAAGUAUUUCAUUCAGAAUAAAUCUAUCUGUGAACUAUUCUAAUGCUUUCCCAUAAGCACUAGAUCUUGAUUCUUUCCCAUAAGCACUAGAUCUUGAUUCUUUCCCAUAAGCACUAGAUCUUGAUUCUUUAUGUGCAGUAAAAACUAACCUAAAUUAUUCUUAUUGGACCAUUAAUGGGUUAAUUUAAGUGAACUUGCAAUGGAAAGGUUAAUAGUAAUACCUGUAUAUUACCUUAGUCAUAGCCUCCUACCAUCACCAGGCAGCUUUUAGACUGAAGCUGUUUCAUGUUGUGCUGGGUGAAUAAAAGGGCCACGUCUGCUCCCAGACAGGUGUUGCCCUUAACAUUAUUUCAGAGCUUGAGCAAGCAAAGCC